AUGCUGCGCUUGAGGCGCUAUCGUGUCUUUCUAUUCUUUGCGGUUGUCAUCAUCUUCCUCUUCGUUCGCCUGUCCAAGAAUAAGCAAUGGGUAGAGCAGGAGAUUUCGAAGGCUACUCAGCAGCACAAGGGCAAUGAGGUACAAGAGCCAGUUAAACCCGAAACACAAAGCCAGCAGAAACAAUCCAUUCCUCGGCCGCAGAUUACGAGUGAGACAUUGGUAAACGAACCCAAGUCAACGACGGCACCUCCUCCACCUCAAGCAACUGCCAUCAAGGAGGCACAGAAAAGCGCAACUCUCACGCAGCCCCAGUCGGUGCACAACAAACCCCAACCUGCUUCAAUUCUUCCUCCACUAGCUAUUCCAGAUCGAAAGCUACCUCCCCCGAGCGUUAUAACCGAAGAUGGUACUUCGGUCGACAUUCAUCCUCUUCAUCCGCCUGGAAGACAGGAACAACCGUUGUUACCGGAGUCGCCAGAAGAGGUUAUUCAUUGGGUCAAGCAGAAGGAACAUUUCCCCGUACCUACUGAAUCUUUGAUUCACCUGCCAACUGGCAGGCCCCUUCGAAUUCCUACUAUUCAGUAUGCCUUUGAUGACGAGACACCGAACGAGAAGAUAGAACGGGAGAUGAAGAAGACACAAGUGCGAGACGAAUUUCAGAAGGCAUGGAGGGGAUACAAAAAGCAUGCUUGGCUUCAUGACGAAUUGUCUCCGGUGACUGGAAACUUUAGAGACCCCUUUUGUGGAUGGGCUGCUACUCUCGUUGAUACUCUCGAUACGCUUUGGAUCAUGGGCCUGGAGAAUGAAUUUGACGAAGCGGCCAGAGCGGUUGACAAAAUUGAUUUUACGACAUCGCCUCGAGCCGACAUUCCCAUGUUUGAAACUACCAUUCGCUACCUGGGUGGUCUUCUAGCAGCGUACGAUGUCAGCGGUGGAAAGUAUAAGAACCUACUGGAUAAAGCUGUUGAGUUGGCCGAGGUGUUAAUGGGAGCCUUUGACACUCCCAAUAGAAUGCCUGUACUUUAUUACUAUUGGAAACCAACAUUUGCGUCUCAAGCACAUCGUGCUAGUGGGAGAUCGAAUCUGGCCGAGCUCGGCUCCUUGUCGCUGGAGUUUACUCGACUGGCUCAACUGACCAACGAUCCUCGAUACUAUGAUGCUGUUGCCCGUGUAACAGAUGCCUUGGAUGAGUGGCAAGAUCGGGGCACGUCACUGUACGGCGUGUUUCCAGGCAAUGUGGAUGCUACGGGGUGUAAUCGCACCGCUGAUAUGAUAUACUCGCAACCAAUGAAUAGUCCAAAUUAUCCAAACCAGCCGAUUGAUUUGGCCGAGGAGCCUGUAGGUUAUGAACCUCCGCAAACCAAAAAUGUAAAGGAGCCUAUACCGCAGAAGCGACCGACCACCGAUGAUAAGAUGCUACAAUUUGAAAUCACACCCGGGGAACCGAGCAAGGGCCACAUCAAGGAUUGGAGUGAAUCUCACCCAAAGCCCGCGGAACAGAAGCCGGAUGUGAAAGGGCAAGUGAAGAGGCAACUCAUCCAGGGCCAUACAGAAGAAAACACGCCCCAGUCAGAGAAACCGACACCAACUACCCCAACGCACCCGUUAACAGGGCUUCCUCUUUCGACUGGUGCAGAUGGCUCACCGCAACUCCAAGAUGCUGCCGGCGACAUUUGCAAGCCUCAAGGUCUUGUUUCAACUGGCGCGGACUCAUACUCCAUGGGGGGUGGCCAAGAUUCCACUUAUGAAUACUUUACAAAGCAAUACCUCCUCCUUGGCGGGCUCGAGACCAAAUAUCGCAAAAUGUACAAUCUUACGAUGCAGGCUGUACGGAAGCACAUGCUUUAUCGGCCAAUGGUACCUGGCGAUCCUGACAUUCUUUUCUCCGGCUCAUUAGACAUAUACCCAUCAACACGAGAUCAAGAUCGUGUGCUUACAACAGAAGUGGAACAUUUGACCUGCUUCAUUGGCGGAAUGGUCGGAAUGGGAGCUAAAGUAUUUGGUAUUGACGCGGACUUGGAGAUCGCAAAGAAGCUCACAGAUGGUUGCGUUUGGGCAUAUGAGUCAACCGCAACAGGAAUCAUGGCAGAAGGAGCACUUGUGCUACCUUGUGUAAGCUCUGAAAAAUGUUCUUGGAAUGAGACAGCUUAUCACCACGCGCUUGAUCCACUUGCGGAGACGCGAGAUCAAGACGUAGCCCAGUACGUAGCAAAUAAGGCAGCGCGUAAGAAGGAGGAAGAAGAGGCGAAAAUCGCUGCUAAGAAGCAAGCGCAGAUAGAUGCUUCAGUUGCUGCAGAACUCAAAGCCGAGGCAACAUCGGAGGUUGGCAAGCCUAGCGAUGGUAAAACGACUGAGACGCUGAAGAAAGAAGAAUCGUUGCCAUUGCAGAAACGCCAAAAUGAGGUCACCCCACCCCUUGCGGCUAAGACGACAACGCAAUUAUCGUCCACAGACUUGGAAUUGCAGAAGAAACUGGAGUCUACAGAAGCCGAACUGAAGGCCGUUUCGGGGACAGGUUACGCCAAAGAAGAACCUCUUCUUCCGUCAAACGAGGAAGCCUUAUUGGACCCAUCAAAACCGCUGACACAUGCUGAGUACAUUGCGAGCCGGAUCAAGCAGGAUUCGUUACCUGCUGGCUACACUCUAAUAAAGUCGAGGAAGUAUAUUCUCAGACCGGAGGCAAUCGAGUCCGUGUGGUAUAUGUAUCGUAUCACUGGCGACAAGAGCUGGCAAGCAAAAGGAUGGAAAAUGUUUGAGUCGAUCCGAAAUGCUACCAGUACGAUACACGGAAAUUCUGCGAUCAUUGACGUUACGUCCAAGAACGUGACUCAUAUCGAUGAGAUGGAGAGCUUUUGGCUUGCUGAAACCUUAAAGUAUUUCUAUCUGCUCUACGCGACUCCCGAUGUCAUCAGUUUAGACGACUGGGUGCUGAACACUGAAGCACACCCCUUUAAGCGGCCGAAAUAG